UUUAUAUAUUUUCUAUAUUGGAUACCGGUAGAGAAUCAUCGAAUGUGUUCCAGAUGACUGAAGAGUGAGGUGACAAACCAAACAAACUGCCGCAUAAGAUGAAGAGGGACGGACGAGGUGGUUGCGUAUUUAUCGUAACACGUGUGUCUUACAUGUGGAAAUAACAAAGCUGACGCAUAUGUAAGAGCGAUGUUAAAUGCAUUGGCACGGCGAACGACAAGUUUCCUUCGUCGCGAGAUUAUUAGCAUAAAGAAGUUCGAGGUUACGAGAACGGUGCACGAAAGGAUCUGGAUAAGGACCAGGAUGGACAGUGACGCGUUGUCGUCGAGGGCCGACCCAGUCGUCACGAAAUUGGACAGCCCGGAGUUUCGCUCUGUCUUUACUCCGGAACUGCAGGCUCUCGCGGAUCUGUUUAAGAAGUACAACUAUGAGCUGAGGAUCGCUGGCGGCGCAGUGCGUGACAUCCUGAUGGGCAAGCGGCCCAAGGAUCUUGACUUCGCAACCAACGCCACGCCGCAGCAGAUGAAGGAGAUGUUUACGCAGGAGCAAAUCAGGAUGAUCAAUGCGAAGGGUGAGAAGCAUGGAACGAUUACGGCCAGAAUAAAUGAUGCGGAGAACUUCGAAAUCACCACUCUGAGGAUUGAUGUGCUGACGGACGGCCGGCAUGCGCAGGUGGAAUUUACGAAGGACUGGAAGCUGGAUGCUAAUAGGAGGGAUCUGACCAUUAAUUCCAUGUUUCUGGAUCUUGAUGGCAGAGUGUACGAUUAUUUCUAUGGUUACGAUGACCUGAAGAAUAGGAAAAUAGUUUUUGUAGGCAACGCUAGUUCUAGGAUAUGUGAAGAUUAUCUUCGAAUUUUAAGGUAUUUUCGUUUCUAUGGGAGAAUAAUGGACAGUCCGGAUCAGCACGAUGAGGCUACGAUAAAAGCGCUGAAAGAGAACAUCGACGGCUUGCAACAGAUAUCCGGCGAGAGGAUCUGGAGUGAAUGGAGCAAGAUACUAACAGGCAAUUUCAGCCUGGAACUGACUCUGAAGCUGCUCGAGUGCGGCGCUAGCAAACACAUUGGUUUACCUGAACAACCCGACAUCGAGAACUUCCGAAACGUUUAUCAGCGUGCGCAGUCUAAUAACGUGACCUUGAAGCCUAUAUCAUUGAUUGUGUCAAUGCUGAAGGACGAAUACGAAAUGAUAAAGUUACACGAGAGACUAAAACUGUCCAAUUCUGAUAGAGAUUUGGCGCUUUUCCUGGUUCAGCAUAGGGAGUAUAAGCCAUGCGAGAAGCCAUUGAAACCUUAUCAGAAACUGGUACUUUUGCAAACGAUGAAGAGGUACGAGAUCCUUCAAGAAUACGUAAAGGAGCUGUUUAGGUACAAUGGUGCAAUGCAGCUUUUAGACGAAUUCGAGCGAUGGACAAUACCGAAAUUUCCUGUCAACGGCAGUAUGUUGGUGAAACACGUGCCGAUACAAAAGAUGACUGGCAAAGUUUUAAUUGAAUUGAAAAGAAUAUGGAUUGAUGCAGACUUUAAUCUUACCAGCGAGCAACUUAUGGAACAUGUACCGAAUAUAGUUGAUGAAUUAGAAGAAAAACAUCAGAUGUUAAUUGAAGAGCGAAAAAAGAAAUUAAAAAAAAUAAAAUAAACAUCUUUGAUAAAACACAAGAGUAGUUUUGUACAGUAAAUAUUAUUCAUCACUCUGGAAAUAGAAGUUUACUAAAUGUUUAAUUAUUUUUAAAUCAAAUAGUUUAGGUAGUUAGUAAUUUAUUAUUACAAAGUGUUUAUUAUCGGAAAAACUUAGAAUUUUCAAGAAAUUUUUUUAUCCUUAAAAAUCAUGGAUUUUCAUGGAAUUUUAUUAAGAUACUCGGAGAAAUUUUUGAAAUUUCACUUUUAAAUUUAAAUUUUAUAUCUCCUUUUUUGACAAAAUUAUUUCUUUGAUAUUUUUUUUAACAAUACAAAAUUAAUAGCAAUAAAUAUGCCAUACAAGUUCAUAUGCACUUUCUUGUAACUUGCGAGCUUAAAAAAAAAGAGUGACAAUAGAAUACAUUAUUUUAAAGAUUUGUUCACGUCGCAUGCUCCAACAUACUGAAAAAGAUGAAAUAAUUUUCGUACAAUUUUUGAUAAGUUAUUUCUAUUGCGAGAUACAAAUAAAUAGAAAAUUUUUGUAUAGGAAGAUACGGAGAUAUAAUUGAAGGAUAUCGGUCAAAUGUAAACGUAAUUAUGUUAAUGUUCUAUGUGGUAUCUGAACACAUAUUUUCCUAACAAAUACGAAAAGAAACGUAUUAUAUGUUAGGCACUGAAAGAUUUAUUAAGAAAUAAAAUCCUGCAUUUUUCUCUUGCGAAUAUAAACUCAACAAGACGUGCUGUUGUAUAUACAAUAGUAGCAGGUGUACAAAAUGAAAUUUGUAAACUACCAUAAAACAUUUCUAAAAUAAAGAGAUUCUUGUUCUUGUGUAACAAGUCACUCUAAUACAUGCAAUAAGUGACUGCGCACGGUAAGUAAACAAAUUGUUACAUAUUUUGCAUAUGUUUAAGAGAAAUGCAUGUUGAAAUAAAAUUACUAGAUAUAACGUUUACAAUGAAUGUAAACGCAUGUUUCUGUUUUUAGAAAGAUUUUCCUUAUUGUGGCUCGCAUGUCUAUCGACAGCCGCACGGAGCAUACAUUCUGUGUGAUAAAUAUAAAUAAAAGGGAAAAUCAUUUAUAUGUAUCGUGUCGUACGUUAAAUUCGGAAUGAAUAGUCGCAAACUGCGAUCGCACAUAAGACAAACGUAAUUUGUCACUUAACUGUCAUACAAUCAUGUGGACUUGCAUAAAAAUAAUCACUUAUAUGUAUUUUGGCUAUUUCAAGUUACAUUAUAUAGAUCGUCCCUAAACACUCAAAUCUUUACAGACGCAUACGCAUUGCUACUGCAUUAAAUGCAAUGUGAUAGGUGUAUAUAUAUGUAUGUAUGUAUGUAUGUAUGCACACACAUGAUAUAUAUACAUCUACAUAUAUAUUUGUAUUUAUAUAUAAGUACAAUAAUACAACAGCUAUUUAGUUAUCGAUACCCACAUCUUAAUACACGUUUUAUUCCUUUACAGAUUUGUAGUAGACACUUUUUGAUAGCGUUACAUUUUGCCGAGUAUGAUUAUCCCGCUUCCUUUGAUUUCACAGGCGAAAUCAAAAACACAAUCGCGUUCUUUAUGUUUUAUCUCUCAUAUGGUAAAGAUCGAUAUUUUAGACUGUGUUUAUUAUUGCCUUAACCCUUCUUGGUGGACAUGAGCUGUGCGUCAUUAGAUGCUACUAGUCAACAAUGUUAUUAGCUAUGUACUUAAGCUGUUUUCCGAUAUACGCUGUCAGGACUAAAAAUCUAUAGUUAACGUUAUGUAUAUUAUAGAUUUUCAAUACUGGAAUAUCGGAGUAGCCUUAGAAGGGCUAAGAUUUGAAAGAAGUGAGAGAUCAAUUUUGAGAAGAGUAAACUCUAAAAAUUCAACCCCUCGAAUGUGCAGUUCAGCGAAUGAAUCACAAUGGGAAAGAAAAUGUAAAAUAGUGUAACUAAAA